CCCGAGCCAAAUCCGACGGGGUUGCCAGCCGGCGGUUGCUUCACUCGCUCGCUGCAGCCGCGCGGCGAUGACGGCCACCGCCAGCUGCUUCUCCAGCCCCGUCGCGUGGGCGCGGCCUCGCGCCGGCCCCGCAGGCGCGAGUGCGGCCUUGCGCGUGGGCCGGUGUCCCGCGGCCGCGGUAGCGGCGCACGACGUGGCGUUCCACCCGGACGUGUCCCGCGCGGCGGAUUCGCUGCAGGCGGAGUUCCGCGCCGUGGACCGCGCCAUCGCUCUCAACUCCUCCCGCGUGGCCGCCGCCUUCCGUCGCGCGCGCGUCGCCCCGCACCAUUUCGGUGGGUCCACGGGGUACGGCCACGACGACGGUGGCGGCCGGGAAGCGUUGGACUCCGUCUUCGCCGACAUUGUUGGUGCGGAGGCUGCCAUUGUGCGCCCGCAGUUCUUCUCAGGUACCCACGCCAUUGCCUGUGCGUUGUUUGCGCUUCUGAGGCCUGGGCAUGAGCUCCUGGCAGUCGCUGGGCCCCCGUACGACACCUUGGAGGAGGUGAUUGGGAUCAGGGGGUCGGCCAAUGUAGGGUCACUCAAGGAUUUCGGAGUGACGUACCGAGAAGUUCCGCUUGUAGCAGAUGGUGGCCUUGAUUGGGAUGCUCUUGCUUGCUCCAUCAGGCCGGAAACUGGGUGUGCCUUCAUACAGAGAUCGUGUGGAUAUUCGUGGCGCAAGAGCUUAAGUGUAGCAGAUAUUCACAAAGCUAUAGGUUUGAUCAAGAUGCAAAAUCCAAACUGCAUGGUGAUGGUUGAUAAUUGCUAUGGUGAAUUUGUUGAGAUAUCGGAACCUGCAAUGGUGGGAGCAGACUUGAUUGCUGGAAGUUUGAUAAAGAAUCCAGGUGGAACUAUUGCGCCUUGUGGUGGUUAUGUUGCUGGGAAGGAGCAUUUAGUCGAAGCAGCUGCAGCCCGUCUAUCUGCACCUGGCCUUGGGGUGGAAUUUGGGUCAACACCUGGCCAUGUUAUGCGUGCGCUGUUUCAAGGCCUGUUUCUUGGUCCGCAAAUGGUUGGAGAAGCAGUAAAAGGAGGUUUGCUCAUUGCGGAAGUCAUGUCAGCCAAGGGAUACAAAGUUGAACCACUUCCGAGGGUUCCUCGUCAUGAUAUUGUGCAGGCAGUGGAGCUUGGCAGCAGGGAAAGACUCAUAGCAUUCUGUGAAGUAGUGCAACAAACUUGUCCAGUAGGAUCUUUCAUCAAACCAACUGCUGGGGAAACGCCUGGCUAUGCUUCAGAGGUCAUUUUCGCCGACGGGACAUUCAUAGAUGGAAGCACAAGCGAACUGUCAUGUGAUGGGCCCUUGAGAGAUCCAUAUGCCGUCUUUUGCCAGGGAGGAACACAUUGGACGCAGUGGGCACUUGUCCUUGGAAUGGUGGAUACUCACUCCGUCUCAGUUUAUAAGGCUUUAUAAGGCGUAACUACUUUUUAUUCUUGUCCCAUAAUAUAAGGCGUGCUCUCUCUAGGCGUACGUACAUCAAUGCAGUAGUAUAGAGAAAAUUAAAUGUAUUUCUUGAUUUUUGAACUAGAGGUGGUUACACCUUAUAUAUUGAGACGCAGCGGGUAUUGUGCAACAGUGAAGAGGCAGGCGUCACUAAUAUGCGAGCGCUUGCACUUCAGUGGAUACGGACAACGACAAGCUGUCGUUAGUGUUACCCGACUACUACCUCCCCUGCUGCUCAUGUGGACAAAUCACCAGCGACCUCACCACCAGUGACCCCACUUUUAACCUCCCUAUUUACUCACCACCAGAUAUUUUUUAGGGACUCAAACAUGAUGUAUGAUUUAGCAUAUGAUCUAUGAGCACAAAGAAUAUGCAAAUUGCUGUA